AUUUGAUUUCGGAGUUGCUUCCCUUGCAUACCGGCUGACCUUCAAGCAUGGCUGUCAGACAAUUUUCCAAGAUUUCCAAACUGCUCCCACAAAAUGCAACUUUUGUUGCAUCGAGUAAGCUCAGCUCAACAUGGGCUAAUGUGGAAAUGGGUCCACCAGAUGCCAUUCUUGGAGUCACAGAAGCAUUCAAACGUGACACCAAUCCAAAAAAGAUUAACCUGGGUGUGGGAGCUUAUCGUGAUGACAGUGGGAAACCAUUUAUCCUGGAAUGUGUCAAAGAGGCUGAGCAGAUGAUGCUAAGGGAAGGUGUAGACCAUGAGUAUGCCCCUAUCACUGGACCACCCGAGUUCUGUAAGGAGGCUGCAAAGCUGGCAUUCGGGAAUGACAGCUCAGUCAUCAAGGAGGGCAGGAAUGUAACAGUACAAGGUGUGUCGGGAACAGGAUCACUCAGGAUCGGUGGUGCCUUCUUUUCGAGUUGGUAUGCAAAGAGCAAGGUGUUCUACCUUCCAAGUCCCUCCUGGGGAAACCAUACACCUAUCUUCAAGCAUUCAGGUCUGGAGGUCAAGUCUUACAGAUAUUAUGACCCAGGUACCUGUGGAUAUGACUUCAGUGGAGCGAUGGAGGAUAUAUCGAAUAUACCGGAGGGUAGUACUGUUGUACUUCAUGCAUGUGCCCACAACCCAACUGGUGUAGACCCAAGGCCUGAACAAUGGAAGGAGAUGAGUGCUCUUAUAAAGAAGAAGAAAUUGUUCCCCUUCUUUGACAUGGCAUAUCAAGGAUUUGCCAGUGGUGACAUUGACAAGGAUGCCUUUGCAGUUCGCCAGUUCCUGGAGGAUGGACACCAAAUUGCUCUGGCUCAAUCUUUUGCCAAGAACAUGGGACUGUACGGUGAAAGAGCUGGUGCCUUCAGUAUUGUGUGUGGGACUAAGGAGGAAGCAGACAGAGUUAUGUCUCAGGUCAAGAUCCUCAUCCGACCCAUGUACUCCAAUCCUCCAGUCCACGGAUCCCGCAUCGCUGCCCGAGUUCUCUCCAACCCAGAGCUAAGAACUAUCUGGCUGGGUGAAGUAAAAGGUAUGGCUGACCGCAUCAUCAGCAUGAGAACCAGACUGAGGGACGGACUGGCCAAGGAAGGGUCAAGCCACAACUGGCAGCAUAUCACUGACCAGAUUGGCAUGUUCUGUUUCACCGGACUCAAACCAGACCAGGUGGAGAAACUGACAAAGGAUUACUCUGUAUACUUGACAAAGGAUGGAAGGAUUUCCGUGGCUGGCAUUACAUCUAGUACCGUCGACUAUCUCGCUCAUGCUAUACACCAGGUCACAAAGUGAAAGUACAUCCCAACGAAGGAACACUUUACAUGAGGGAUGUGUUCAAAACAAAAACGUUUGCAAUGUUUUGAACCUAUCCUUGAUCACAAAGCAAAAAUACAUAUUAAUGUUUCAAAGUUGGUCUGGAUGUGUAAGGUGUUAAUCCGGAUUAAGAGACUGAAAGAUAUCACCAAGGCAUGCUAGGUAUAAGGAUUACCGGUAUUGUUUCCUCAUAAAACAUUAGUCUUAUUUGAAAAUCCUCAAAAUCAGCCAUAUUGAAGUUUACACCAUGUGUAAGAGGGGUGGUUGAAACAAGCUGGGAAGGAUCUGAAAAAAGUGCUAUUGAUGUGUGAACUCUAUGUAUUAUAUUGCCAAAAUACUUGUAAAACUGAAACUUUUUAGAGAAUACUUUAACAUUAUUUAUUUUUGUAUGAGAAGUUAAUUUCUUUAAUCAUACUCAACAGCUUACGCAUGUUUGCCUUUAAAUUCUGUUCAAGAUUUAAUAUAAGUCAAUCUUAAAUAAACUCCAGCCAACCAGCUUUGUCUGCCUUGUCAUGCUAUACUGGUUUAUAGCACAGGUGUUGGCCAACUGUGGUUUAUGCAUAUAAAGUAUUUAAAAAUCAAUUACUAGUUUGUGAUUUCCUUUUGAAAAUAUAUUGUAGAAUAUUACGGUUUUUUUUUGUUUUGUUUGUUGAGACAUACUGUUGGUUGAAUAUUGUAUUUACCGAAUGUAGUCAUUAUAGAAUUUGUUUUAUAAGGUACACAUGUACUUAAUUCUUUGGAUGUACUAGAAUAAACUACAUUUAACCCAUUCCUAGUGAUAAGCCCAACCAUGUUUAUUGCAGUUCUAUAAAAAUGCUUAGAAAAUAUUAUUGUCCUACAAUAAGCCCACACCAAUCUUGAGUCAAUAUUUAUAUGGUGGUCCCUCGCCUUAUUAUAGGACAGAUAUGAUCAGUGUUUUUGUUGGCUCUAAUUUGUAUCUAAUUUUGCAUAAUAUGCUAUGAAUCAAUGAUACCAAACAUGGUACAGUAUAUAUUUUUUGAACCCGUGUUCAUGGAAAGUCACUUAGGAUCAACGUUUUAUUCAAGUUAAAAGCAUUCAUUUCACUUUUCAAUAGUCAAAUGGAAUUCAUUGAAUAUAUUAACCAGUGAGUUUAAAGUGGUAUUUGCUACCAGUAGAUUAACAUAUUCUAAUCUGGCGAGAUAGACAGGUUUUAUUAGGUUUGAAAGUGGUUGUUAUUUCUGUUGGUUGAAUAAAGUAUAAGUUAUUGUUAUAAACUGGAAAUUCAACAGCGAUAGGAUGUAAACAAAAUAAAAUACAUGAACAUCA